CAGGAAUGAUGGGAAAAUGAGGAUUAGACCAGUCCAAGGACAGAUCGUCUUAAGGCAGCAACACAGCUGAAUAGAGAUCUACCAGCUUCCAGCAUGAGACUGCACAGCCACUAAAAGAAUAGAUCAUGAACGAGGUGUCAGUUCUCCGCCUGCCUGUGGAAGAGGCAGUUAAUGAAGUAAUUCACAGCCUGGAUGAGAUAGCACUGAAACACAGUGACAGCCGUCUGCCUUUCCAGAUUUUUCCAGAUCCUUGUGAAGAGGACGAAGUUCCUGUAAAGAUGAGGGGAAGAUUACCAUCCAUUGUGGUGGAACCAACUGAUUUGAUUGAUGUAGAGAGUGGGGAAUUACGGUGGCCACCAGAUUCUCUCAGGAAGUCAAAAGAAGAAGCUGGACAGGAGAAAGAUUGCGGGGAUAAUGAAGCAGAAGAACAAAUUGGUAAGAUACAACCAGUGAAGAAGGAACUGGUAACCAGGAAUCAGAACAAAUGUAAUAAUAACAGAACUCAAGCCACUCUUCACAAAUCAAUUUUUUUCUAUUGAUUUUAAAUUGCAUUUAGAUUGCAAACAUGCCAUUCUUUAUAACUGUAUCACUAUGCAGGGCCUAUGUUAUUUUUUUAUUUUGUGCUUUGUUUCCUUAUUGGACAGCACUGCGAAAUGCGAUGACACCAUCAAGGAGUAAAUUAUUUUACCCUCAAAGAAGGCCAGUCCUUCAAAAUAAAAUGUACCUAUAAUACAAA